AUGGAUGAAAGUUCACAGGCGAUCGUCGUUGACACUGGGUCAUAUUCUAUCAAAGCUGGCUUCACAAGCCUUCCGAGACCUAAUGUCGUAAUGAAAUGCACCCCUACUCCUCAAGCUUCGGUACUUUUUAAAGAAAGUAAGACUGUAACUGUGAAAAAUAAAGGGGAUUCCAAUACAUAUUCCACGAUACAGUACCCAAUAAUGGAAAGACAGGUCUAUUUUUCUCAUGAAAUCGAGCUGAUUUGGAGCCACUUGUUCUAUAAUGAGCUAAAAGUGGCGACCGAAACCCACCCUUUUAUAAUGACAGAAGCUAUUUCGACGCCAAAAGCAUACCGUGAGAAGAUGACCCAAGUUAUGUUUGAGCUUUACAAUGUCCCGGCCCUUUAUAUUUCGAACCCAUCAGUUCUUGCUUUAUAUGCCUCAGGGAAUGCUACUGGCUCUGUGGUUGAUUCUGGGUAUGAGAUGACUCAUGUUUCUUCUAUAUAUGAAGGAUACGUGAUCCCUCAGUCAGUUCAGGUCCUUAACUAUGGCGGAAGAGAGGUGACCAGCCACCUUGAAAGCCUUAUAUCAAAAAAAUCAAGCUCACUGAACCGAAGUAUAAUUCAAGAAAUCAAAGAAAAGCUAUGUUUUAUAUCUGCAAACCCUUAUAAUGAAUUUUAUAGUUACGAAGACGAAGUCUCUUAUGAGCUACCUGAUGGCUCAGCUUUUACCUUAGGCAGUGAAAGGCUAAACGCCCCAGAAAUUUUAUUUAGGCCUGAAAUAAUUAAUAUGAAAUGUGACGGAUUUAAUGAAGCUGUCUAUAAGUCAAUAAUGGCUUGUGAAGAAGAUGUCAGGAGAAUGAUGUUCAAUAAUAUAGUCCUUGCAGGAGGGAACACGAUGUUUGGAGGAAUUAAAGAUAGACUUAAUGCAGAUUUGGGUAGAAAAGUUAAUCAGUCAAUAGAGAUAACUGCUCAGCCUGAAAGGAUUUUUUCGCCUUGGCUUGGAGGCUGCGUGAUGAGCUCUUUGUCAAGUUUUCAACACCUUUGGAUGAUAAAAGAAGAAUACAAUGAAAUCGGCCCUGGGCUGGUUCACCAAAAAUGCUAUUAA